CUUUCCAAAUCUCGCAUGGGAUCUGGUCCCGCGCAACGUGCGGGCCAUGUGCCUGUUCUGUUCGGCCAGUCCGCCGCCGCUCGCCGCGCCGCUAUGCCGCGUGCUACGCUCGUGCUGCUACUGUGCGCUCUUGCGCGCGCCACUAUCAUCGCCGAUCAGCCCACCCUCUCUGACCGCCUCCAAAAACUUUACGAGAAACUCGACAAUUUCUCGCUGAAAACAACCGAGCCGUCUCUUGACCGUAUAGGAAAGCUGUACGAGAAUCCAGUAAAAACCUCCCCAAGCAAUCAACGGAUCGAUAAGUUGUACGAAAAGCUGGACCGCCUGAAUUCUUUGACGCCGGACGAAAGUAAUCAGAAGUAUCUGUCGGAUGACGAUGAGGAGCUGUUGGAUGCUCUGCAGGAGUGGGGGAUGCUGGACGACGACAUCGGCGCAGAGACGAGAUACCUGCAACGGCUCAAGUCUGAAGACGGAGACUAUGACGAUGAGGAUAUAGACAUGGAAGAUGACUACGCCAUGGACGACGGUGAAGACCUGGAACCAGAUGACCGGGAGGGCACUACCGCUAAAACCGUGAGGUUCCCAACCCCGUCUGCUCUGAACCGCCUGGAAAGGCUAGGGACUGCCUUUUCAGCCUUGUCUGUAGUGGGCGAUACCAGGUCUUUGGCCAGAGAAAGUCCUCAGAUUGUCGAGUUGGAAAAUGUGGUGUCGGCGGUGGACAGCAUAGCCGCCACCAAGGAGAGACCCAGGAUUUUAGACGACACAUCGCUGACGAAACAAGAGCAAGCGGGUGUAGCGCGAGCAGCACGCGCGUAUUUGUCGGCGAUGGUGCCGCGCGGCAAGUGCAUCACGCCGCAACCUAGGUGGUUGUCCGUGCGGCACAUGGCCCCCGCAUCUGACACCCUAUACCGGCCAACUUGCGUGCUGCUCCACCGCUGCGCCGCCGACACGGGCUGCUGCCACAACGAGGAGCAGGUCUGCGCGCCCGUGGAGGGCCAAUACGUCAUUAUCCCCCUAUACUUAAGAAAACCAAGCGGGCUCAUGGUAGCGCGCAUGCAGUUCUUCAACCACACCCGCUGCGCCUGCGUCUCUCAAGAAACAUUGCAGACUGUCCCACGAGCACCUCGCCGGCACUUUCAAGAGAACCACAGUCCGGGCCAGGAGAACCAUAAUCCUAAUCAGGAGAAUAGAAUCCAGGACAGGCAAGACAAGCGCCAGGUUGGACUGCUAGAAGCGAGAGAAAGACGGGAAGAGGUGGAGAGCACGAGUGCGAGCGCGAGCCAGAGUGAUUGGCCCACGAAUGAGCCUAAGCAGGAAAGCGAGACCGCUGCGCCACCACAGCUAAACAGAUGCACCUGCCCGACGUUAUUCCUGGCCCGCGCGUCCGACGCCAGGUGCGUCUGCGUGUGUGACUGGAAGGACUUGCAGCGCCGGCGCGACUGCAUUUCACUCUCCCGCGGACGCGAGCACUUUGGUUUGCGAGACCGAGUGUGCGUGGGCACUGGCGAUUGCAACCCGCCCACUUGCGAAUACGGCGCGUAUGAGAAGAACUUUGGGAGGUGCCCCCUUAAGAGGUUUAGGAAGGGCAGGUUUAAGCCUGGGAAGUACUUAGACAGAACGUUGACGGGAAGUUAGAUAUCAUUCACAUUAUUAUUGAGUUUUUCAAGUGUCCGUCUAAUACCAGUAAAGAAGAAUUAAAGUGUUGUAUUAAAACCAAACAAUUUUAUAAAUCAUUGCUAGAAACAGAAGUAGGUAAUAGGUACAUUAUGUAUAUUUAUGUUCUUUCUUUAACUUUCCUAUACCUACCUAGGUACCAAUAAUUGUAUGUGAUCAAGUAUUAAGUAUAUAAUUUUGAGCCAUAAGUAAAUUGACACCAGGAGAUACAUGCGUUUAUGAAGCAUCCCCCAAAUCUGUAAAUGAGCAAUCCUACAAAUAUUGUAAAUGUGAAGUUUGUAUGUUUGGAUAUUUGUAUGUUUGUUGCUCCAUAGUGCACUUAAAACAGAGACAAUUGUAAGCUUACAUGAAAUCUGAAACAAGAUCAUUAAGUUUUAGGACUUGAGCUCAGAAGAGGCUUGAACUCCGCUCACAGUCUUCCACGUUUUUUGCCAAUUUAUUCGCGCGCGAGUGACUAAAUGGUGUAAGUAAACCUACCUAGCUAGGUAUUUUUAAAAGCGUUACUUACCUAUUUGUAUCCCCGCGAUCGAAUGAUGUGAGUGAUACAACAUUACUCAAUCAUUUUUAAAUUUGCUACCAGGGUGCAUGCCUUGCCAAGAUGCCAAUCGUUUCCGCUACGACAACAAAACGCUACCUGUCUCUCUAUCGCACUAAUAUGUAUAAGUGAUAGAGAGGCAGAAAGCGCUUCGUUGUCGUAGCGCAAACGAUUGGCUUCUUGGCUAGGCCCCUUGACUUGAUUGCAGGGAUGAUUACCGAAAUAACGAAAAAUCCAAAUACGCCCUAAAUGCGCAAUAUUGCUUUGAUUUUUUUAAAUUGGUAUUUAGGUAAGAACAAUGAAUUAAUUAAUUUAGACUAGCUAAAUAUAAUGCAAAAAAAUACAUAAAAAGCCGAGAUACCGAAAUUGAAUACCGGUUAAUUGGUAUUAAAAUAAUACUGGUAUUCGGUCCCUGCUUGAUUGCGACAUAUAAACUUAGUAUACGAUUUUUUUAUUUGUAUUAAUAUUUACACUUUUAUUUAUUCAAUUUUAUUAAAUGUGAAAUAUGCAUAAUAUUUUCUUAUGGUUGUUUAAGGAUCGUUAGGUACGUCUAAUGUA